ACGACGACGAUGACGGCAAGUUUGCCGAAAAUGUUGACCUUGAACUCGGUCGCGUUUCGAGCGAGGAGCGCGCGCGAACUCGCCUGUUGUGGGGUGCUGGCGUUGAGCCGAUGGGCGGCAGGGACACGGAGGCCGCGGGGUGGUCCCCAACGACCACCGCGUCGCAUUCGUUCGUUCGCUCGCUCGCUCAGCGCAGCAAGAUACCGAGGACGAGGACGACGACAGCGCGAGUCAGAACGGCGAGAAUUGGCGACCGUGUAAUUCGAUUUAUGCGAGCAACAGCAGGCGAUGCGGCAAGGCAAGAUCCUCCCUUUUCGGUUGCUCCGAUUGCUGUUGUGUCCUCAUUACACACCUCCUCUCACGUCAUCUCCCCGUAUCUGAAGUGCAUUGUUUUGUGUUAGAACGAUGGGUACACAAACCUUCGGGGGUUUCUCUGGUUGUGGUUUCGAAUCGAAAAUUCAAUGGUUAUCCAGCGCCUGCUUCGUCGCCCCCAAACCCGUUCUCCGGCGAGCCAGCAACAGAGCAACAAUGACAACAAUGUUUGCAGCAGCAGCACCAGCAACACCUGACACAUUGCCCUCGAGAAGUGUACUAGUGUGGUAGUGGAUCUCUCGAAUCGUGUGUAUCGAUUGCUGUAUUCCUGUUUUGCCAGAGCAGCGCGCGCUCUUUCCUCUGUGUAAGUGAACUCGUGAAAAUGUGUCACUAGACCUUGAGCUUGAGCUCCCGUCCACCUACCAACAGCAAUAGCAACAGCAACAGCAGAAGCAGCAGCAGCAGUAGUCUACGAACGUGUCUGUGUAUGUGUGUGUGUGUGUAAAGGCCAAUCAUCUCGCAACAGUGGUCCUCGGGAAGGUCCUCCUCGCUGUAGGCAAUCCUGUGGGCGCCGUUUUCUGCCAACCGCCAAUAUUAACAAACUUACCGGGAUUUGGCGAUGGAUAAGCCACUGGGAAUGUUGUUCCGUUGAGCGUUGGUCAAGCGCAAGCACACCCAUUAGUUCGUUCCCGAGAAGAAACAAUAGAGCAACGGUGCCGAAAAAUGGAUUCCCAAUCGAAGUGACAUCAAGGUCGACGACGACGACGACGACGACGUCGACGGUUCCUGUUCGUUCCGCAUAUUGCAAGAAACCGGAGCUCUUGGAGGAAGUGCGUCACCAGUGAGUGUGCGUGGCAUAUGUGUGUAUGUGUGUGUGUGUGCUGAGUGGCCUCUCCAACAAUUUGCCUUUUCGACGUCGCCUGCUGAUUACACACCUCCUGUUUGCUUGCCCAGGUGUGUUAGUGCCUGAUUUACAUGUUGGCUCCCAGCCGCCUCUUCCGGCCCUUGAGUAAAUCAGCGAAGAGCUGGUUAACCUCCUCCGUGGCGGAUCAAAGUGAGCCUUGCGAGUAAAGUGUACCAACGAAAUAACGUUUAACGCGCCCCAGCUGUGCUUGGCGAGUGUUUGAAGAAGUUUGAAGCAACGGUUUCGAAAAAAAGGAAGGACAAAGGUCCACGCGGAUUGUGUUUUGCUGGCGGUCAAGGUCACGUUUGCAAACGGGGGUUUGCACUCCAUAAAAUAACCGUAGUCCGUGGUUCGUGGUCCGGGUGAUAUGCAGUGCAUACCGGCCGUCGCUGAGCGACGUGCUAGUGAGAAUAUUCGCCGUACGGUGGUAAAGUGCGAGGAGCAACAGCCAAAGGAUCAGCUACCGGUGGAAAAAACGGAUCGUGCUGGAUCACCCCGUGGGCUGCUGAGUGGCAAUCAGUGUAUCGUCUUUCCGCGUGAGGUGAACCGAGUGGACAAGGAAGAGAUAGUGACAACAACUUCGCCACCGCCGCCUCAACCUCCACCACCGCCACUAGUGCACCAAACACCUUUGAUGAUGCAUCCAAAGAAGACACUCAAACUGGCCAUCUCGAUGCCAUUGGUUGCGGCAUCGGUGACGGCUGUCGCAGCCGCUGGUGGUCGCCCGGGACUUCCAGUAGCUCCAGCGUCAUCACAACCUUCAGUACCACCACCUCCACCACCACCACCACCGCCACCGCCUCCAUUGGCCGCUCUCCGGCUCGAUGAAGAUGAUGCUGACCGGCCGGAUCCAGCAUCGGCUGCAGCAACAAUACAGCAGCUCACCUCCAAGACGGAACCUUGUCAAGGCCAAGGUGCAGCAGCAGCAACCGUCGUACGAUCGGUGAUCCGGGAUGGCCGGAUGGUGUAUCAACAGUCGGCGGCACAGGUGAUGGUAGCUUCGGCGGCCCCUUCGGCCACGGCCAGUGACCAUCAUCCUGCCAGUGACGAUGAGGAUGCUGAGGAGGAGCCAGAGCGCAAACGUCAAAACGGAGGAGCCGAUGACGAUGUGAUCGAACAUGAAAGCAAUGGUCGUGUAAUUGUCGUAGCAACGAAUGCGGCCGGAGUGGUAAUGCAUUCCACGGGCCCUCCUCCUGCCAAUCGCUCUACGACCGUCUCCAGUAGCAAGGGACAUCAACAGUCGCAGCAACAACAGCAGCAGCAGCAUCAUCAGCAGACAUCCAUGCAACCACCACCACCUCCACCGCCACUGAAGGUGUCGAAGGGUGGUGGUUCGGUGAGUGGCGGUCACGAGGAACCGUCUAGCUCGAUGCCAGAUUUAGAAUUCGAUGGCACGACGGUACUGUGCCGAGUGUGCGGUGAUAAGGCGUCCGGCUUCCAUUAUGGCGUCCAUUCGUGCGAAGGCUGCAAGGGUUUCUUCCGGCGGUCCAUACAGCAGAAGAUCCAGUACCGGCCAUGCACGAAGAACCAGCAGUGCAGCAUCCUGCGGAUAAACCGCAACCGCUGCCAGUACUGUCGGCUGAAGAAGUGCAUUGCCGUCGGCAUGAGUCGUGAUGCCGUCAGAUUCGGACGCGUACCGAAGCGCGAGAAGGCGCGCAUCCUGGCGGCGAUGCAGCAGAGCACGCAAAACCGGGGGAACCAGCGGGCGCUGGCGAGCGAACUCGACGAUCAGCCCCGGUUGCUGGCCAGCGUGCUCCAGGCGCACCUCGAGACGUGCGAGUUUACGCGGGAAAAGGUGUCCGCCAUGCGUCAGCGUGCCCGCGACUGUCCCAGCUACUCGAUGCCAACCCUGGCCUGCCCGCUCAAUCCGGCCCCGGAGCUACAGUCGGAGCAGGAGUUUAGCCAACGGUUCGCGCACGUCAUCCGCGGUGUGAUCGACUUCGCCGGUAUGAUCCCGGGCUUCCAGCUGCUGACGCAGGACGACAAGUUUACGCUGCUGAAGGCCGGUCUGUUCGAUGCGCUGUUCGUGCGGUUGAUCUGCAUGUUCGAUACGUCGAUCAACUCGAUCAUCUGCCUGAAUGGGCAGGUGAUGCGCCGCGAUACGAUCCAGAACGGUGCGAAUGCGCGGUUCCUGGUCGAUUCGACGUUUAACUUUGCCGAACGCAUGAACUCGAUGCAGCUGACCGAUGCGGAGAUUGGUUUGUUCUGUGCGAUCGUGCUGAUCACGCCCGAUCGGCCCGGUUUGCGGAAUGUGGAGCUGAUCGAGCGGAUGUACUCGAAGCUGAAGGCGUGCCUGCAGAGCAUCAUCACACAGAACCGGCCGGAUAAGCCGGAGUUUAUGCAGGAGCUGCUGCGUACGAUGCCCGAUCUGCGGACGCUCAGUACGCUGCACACGGAGAAGCUGGUCGUGUUCCGGACGGAGCACAAGGAGCUGCUACGUCAGCAGAUGUGGUCGGCCGAGGAGGAUCAGGGUGCGGUGCUGUCGGAUGCCAAGAGCCCGGCCAGCAGUACGGCCAGCGGGUGGAGCUGUGAUGGUAACCAGGUGGAGGUGGAGAUUGCCAAGAGCCCGAUGGGUUCGGUAUCGAGUACCGAGUCCGCCGAGACGUCCUCGUCCUCUUCUUCCUCCUCCUCCUCCUCCUCGUCGGAGUAUCAUAACCAUCAUCUGCAUCAUCACCAUCAUCACGUGGGCAUUAGCUCAUCGUCGGCUUCGUCGGCACCGCUGCUGGCGGCCACACUUUCCGGUGCCUGCCCCAUCAUACGGCACCGUGCCAGCUCGGGUUCGUCGGCGGAAGAUGAUUUGAUCGGUGGUACGGCGCAGCAUCUUGCGCAGAACGGGCUCACCAUUACGCCGGUGAUCCGUUCGAUCGGUUCCUCCUCGACCAACUCCUCCCCAUCGACCUCGUCGUCCUCGUCCUCGUCCUCGGCGGCGACGACGACCCUGCAUCACAUGUCGCGCUACCGCAAGCUGGACUCACCGACCGAUUCCGGUAUUGAGUCGGGCAACGAGAAGCACGACAAUCCGCCACCACCACCGCACCAUCACCAUCAAGCGAUCGUGGGCCACCAUCACCACCACCACACCCACCAUCAUCAGCUGCUGCAUCAUCCCAAACCGGCCAGCAGUGUCAGCAGUGGUUCCUCGUCUUGCUCCAGCCCACGAUCCUCGCUCGAAGAGCAAUCGCUUGAAGAGGGCAGCAGUAGUCAGCAGCAGGCGAAGGCGCAACACCAGCAACAGCAACAGCAACAGCAACAGCAACAGCAACAGCAACAGCAACAGCAGCAGCAACAGGGACAGCAAUCAGCAUCCCGGGGUCAUGCGGCCAGUGUUGAGAAUAUGCCGGUGCUGAAGCGGGUACUGCAGGCACCACCACUGUACGACACCAACAGCCUGAUGGAUGAGGCAUACAAACCGCACAAAAAGUUCCGCGCCAUGCGCCACCGUGAGAGCGAAGCCGAGGCCGCCCCGAUGGCAACUUCCUCGAGCUCGAGCAGCAGCAGCAGCAGCAGUGGUGUUGGUGCUGGAUCAGCAUCAUCGUCCACAUCUCCGAAUGCGAGACUCGAAACCACCACCACCGUUACGACUGUUGUGCUAGCGUCAUCUUCCUCUCCGAAACCCGUUGGCCUGUACCACCACCAGCAGCAGCAGCACCAGCCCCAGCAACAGGUAGCAACACCUUCGUCAUCGCCCUCGCUGACGGUGUCACCGGUUUCGCACACACCUCCGCAGCACCACCAAUCUCAGCUGCAUAUGCAUUUAACGCGCCCACAGUCAAGCAAUGGUGCGGCCAACGGCAAUCUACACCAUCAUCAUCACCAUCACCACCAUCCCCAUCACCACCAAAGCUUCCAGCAGCAGCAGCAGUCGCCAGCAUCGUUGCGCUGUAGUCCUCAGCUGCUGCAUCAUCAGUCCUCCGCAUCCUCCUUGUCGAGCACGCACUCGGUGCUGGCCAAGUCGCUAAUGGAGGAACCGCGCAUGACGCCCGAACAGAUGAAGCGCACGGACAUCAUCCACAACUACAUUAUGCGCGAAUCGGCUCAUGAACAGCACCAGCGGGAGCAUCAGCAGAAUUUCAUCAAACAUACCUCACAGAGCGCCACAGGAUCCCAGAGUGGUGCGGCGUCACCGGCCAUCACUCCUGCCGGUCUGUUGGUGUGUGGUGGAACUGUUCCACCGUUCCAGCAUCACCGUGCCUCACCGCACCUAACAGUGUCCGCCGUUUCGCCCUCGCCUUCAUCGUCCUCCUCGGGCGGUGGUUGUCCAUUCGGUGGUGCGGCCGCCAAAUGGCAGCAGCAGCAGCAGCAGCAGCAUAAUGGUACGCCCAGCGUGAUCACCACGACUCGUGGUCAGCAAACACCUUCACCGUCGCUGGUGGCCAGCAGUUUAACACCACCGGAUACCUCGUCAUCGUCCUCCUCCUCUUCGGUGGCAUCUCCUUCGUCGUCCUCUUCCUCGUCGCUGUCAUCGGGCAGCAUCCGAUACUUCCAGUCACCGCACUCGACGAUGGCCGCUUCGCCGUCUCCGUGCUCACCAACCACUACCGCCACCACCUCGUCGGUGGUCGUUGUGCCCGUUGGUGGAUCGAUGCCACCCUUGUCGAGCAGCAGCCCGUCGUCACCCCGCCUGAUCGAGCUGAAGGUGGACAUUGCUGGUAGCGCUGUUGCGCAGGCACUGGCCACCGGUUCGGCGGCACCUCAGGAUCCCAGCCAGCAACCGCUGAACCUUUCCAAGAAAUCACCAUCACCGGCACCACCGCAACAAGCAGCAGCCGCCAACCAGCAUCAUGCAAUCGUGUCGGUUGUAAGGUCACCGGUGGUAGCAGUUGGUCCGGCUGGUUCGGCCACCUCAUCUCCUUCUAGUGUAGUUGUUGCCACCAGUAGCAGCAGCAGCGGCAGCAGCAGUGCAGUAGGUGCUACUACCCCUAGUAGCAGCAGCAGUAGCAACAACCCGACGAUCCAUAAGAUCCUGCUGGAAGCGUAAGAUGGUUUCGGAGCAGCAGCAACACCUACCCCCCUUUCCCACCAACCAGGCAUGAGAAGAAUUCACUUGGCGUAUUUUCCGCACACAACGUGAUCUCACUCGCGAGUAGAGGUGUGUAGACGGCAGCGCGCCAUGUCGCUGUCGUCGUCGUCGUCGUUGAGUGUGGAUCUCCUAGGAUACAAAACAAAAACCGAAAAGAGGCAGACACCUUUGUUUUAAGUGUAUAGCUGAGGCAUAGAGAAGGUAGAGGCGAGGAGCCGCCACUGUAAAGUGAUGUCGUUCCCGUCGACGCAAAUUUUCUCUACCACACACACACACCGCCUGCUUGUGAAAGGUGGAUCGCCACGGCCGAAAUGAGAGAAAACGAUAAACACAAACCAACUACUUGUACAAAUUUUUAUUUAUCUAUAAAUGGGUCGAUCGGCGAAAGCACUUGUGUGUGCGUGUGUGUGUACGAGAAAGAGCGUGCGACAGGGCAGGAGGGCGUGCUGGGUGCUGGAAAGCUAAUUCUCAAAAGAUUGAAAAUCAACCUACGUGCAACCUAAGUGUUUCGUGAAUACGAACGCCUGUAACUAAUGAUAACACACUAUUGAGAGAGAGAGAGAGAAAGUGUGUGUAUGAGCGAGUAAGCAGUACUUGGUAUAGUAUUUUAUUGCGCAUCAAAGAGCGAAAAACAUUCAACAAGCUAACACAGCAGACAGAGACAGUUGAGAGCAUAUCCAACGCAUCGCAUAAUCCUCACAUGCGAAUGCGUGGUCUUCGGUGUUUGCUCAUUAUAAAAGCCAAAAAAGAACUCUUAUAAAUACCGCAAACUGUGGUAUCGGACAGAUUAAUGGUCGUUGAAUGGUGGAUGUAAGGUGCUCGGGAGCAUCCCCAUCAUCAUUAUCCAGGAGCGCAGAGCACAUCCAUUCCUGCUCUCAAAGAUCUCGUAGAUUUUCGUUUUUCACUUUUUCGUUUGCGUUUUAUCCUUAUCGUUUUCGCUUUUAAUAUGAAGAGUCAAGGGAACGCAGUCGCAAUAAUGAAUGCAGUCGCCAGAAAGCAGUUAAACGAUUGAUGAUGAUGAUGAUGAUACUAGCGGUGUAAUAGAGCAUAGUAUAACAGUAGUCUACUAGGGUAGUACAGCAGCAGUAGCAGAGUAUAAGCGACAACAGUCUGGGAGGCUUGGCGAUAAUGAGGGUGAAAACAAACAAAACUACAAAAAUCCUAGCAUGUGUCCGACUGGCGACACAUGCGUGACACAAAACAAAUGAAAAAGAUAAAAAAAAAACAAAAACCUAGCUUAAGUGAUGAUUGCAAGAAGGAUGAAUGAUUGAGAUAAUAGUUUGUAGGCGCAAAGCAACUAGACGGAACAAGUAACAGGGGUGUAAUAAGGAUUAAGUGUGGGAUGUAUAGAGAAACAAACAGGGCAGAAGAUGCGAAAAAAAAGAAGUAUCAAGAGAGGAGAAUAAGACGAAAAAGUCAAAACAGCCAAAACGAAGUUUGAAUACAGUAUCCGAGUUAAAGAAAAGAGUGCAGUGGAAAUGCAUCGUUUCCUUUUUUGUACAUUUAGCUACACUCCCGCUAACAAAGCACAACACAAACAAAAGGAAAAGAUAGUUACUCUAUUUGAAAAGUUGAAAAACAAACAAAUGGUUCCAUUUACAAAACGCAAACGACACUCAGAGGAAAGCAAGAGAGCGAAAGAGAAUUUAAACAAGGAAGAUGAAAAAAGAGAAAAAAAACUACAACUAAAGUCACACAUAUUAAUCAUUAACAAUAGAAAGAGAAAAGAAUAAUGUGGGUGAAAAAUGGAUGAUGCAGAGGAUAACAUGAACUACACUCAGUACCUCCCAGGAGGAGAACAACACAGAGAUGCAGCUAGCGAUAAGAGAGUAACCUAUUUAACAAAACAUAGUAGAGCAGAUACAGCAGUGUUACAACAAAAAAAAAAAAUACAAAAGAAAAGAGACAAACCAAACACACUCAAGAAAGAGAUUCAUGCUUGAAGCAAUUGAUAUGUUUUUAUUGAUGAAGAUCAUUAAAAUACCGCAUUAACCUACGGAGAGCAGCGAGGAAUACAUUUCUGGACUCACGAAGCAAACGGAAUCAGGAAAAGAAAACCCGAAAUAUGGUAAGCAAUUGAAGUGUGUAGGGGUUAGUCGAGAAAAAUAGAGUCGAUGAAACACAAAACCAAGCUACAAAACCAGAAAGGAAUGUGCAAAAGUAGAGGAACGAAAACGUUAAUUGUAAAUAUGGCGGAAAGUGGAAAAGUGAAUCAUGAAAGCAUGAGGCCCCAAACUAAAAAGAAAACGAAUACAAACAAACAUAUUCAAAAACACACGCAACAAACACAUAACACACAGCAGGUAGGAAUUAAGCACAAACAUUAAGAAAGUGCGGAUGAAUUAUUGAAUUUGGAGGUCAACUUGAAAAGAAGAUAGAGAGGGGAAACGAAUAGGCUGGGGCGCCAUUUUAGGUUCUUUCCAUUCCUCAGUUUCUCUUUCUACUUUAGAUUAAACUCACAUACACACAGCUAGGGAAUACUGGGAAUUCGCAAGAGAGGGACGAGUGCACUGAACAUGCAUACCAUCACAAAGCCAGAACAUUAACUCAAAGCACCAACACAGCAUAAACAGCAAACAUAGCACACCAGCACUCCGGAAGUGGUUAGGCAAACAGAAAGAAGAUGAGGUACGAAAUCGUUUAGGUUGGUAUUAGCUUAUAUUACUAUGAUUACCGGCAUAAGUAGAGGAUAUAGGAAAGAGAGAUAGAGAGAGAGGGCAGGUGUUGUAAAUAGAAAACGUCAAGCGGGCGUGUGUGUGUGUGUGUGUGAGUGUUUCGCCGAAGCAGACCAACAGAUGAGAUAAGUUUGAUCCCAUUUUAAUUCAUAAUUCCUGUGCGGUAACACACACACACCCGAUAGUUUUUACGCUGAUAAGUGAUGAUCGAUUCUCGAUCGCCUGGUGAGAUCCACCAACGGUGAUGUUGUGUUUGCCUGUGUGGUGGGGUGAUCGCCGUUUUGCAGCCUUUUUGUUUAGCUUGUUUUUUUUAUGCGCAAUUAUUGCUUCCUUAACCACCUUUUCUUCCUUGCUUUGUUUUUAUUUAAAUCUCGUCCGCGGUUCGUUUUGAAUUUGAUUCUUUUUAAGAAAAAGAAGUUAUAGUGUUUUUAAUUGUUUCCCAUUGCAUAGGUUUCGUUUUUUUAAAAAUGCGUUUUCAUUCGUCUGUUCUUUUUCGAUGCUAGCCUUCUUUCUUUCUCGUUUAGUAAGCUAUUUUAUUUAUUGAAGCCAAGCGCUCGUUCGUAGCUAUAUUUCUGGUUUAUUUUGUUUUCUUCUUAAAUUUACUCUUAUUCCUUAGACGCAAUUGCCUUUAUUAUCUUUGUAUCAAAACUAGUGUUAUUAGUUCCUUGGUCCUUUCUUCCCUAUGAUUCUUUUCUUAUUCAGAAAAGCAUGGUUGAUAAAAACUAAACAAAAAAAUGGUUUAAUAUCCAUUAUGAGCUUUGCUCUGUUUGCUUUAUCCUUUCGUUUUUGUUCAUUCUCUUCUUUCACCGCUUGAAAUGAGCACGAUCGUGGUUCUAAUGUUUAUUCAAACAUUUUAAUUUUCUAUUUUCGAAUCGCAAAAGCGAACGGUCGCUGGGUCGCGUGCGCUAGUGAGAGCAAUCAGAGAACGAAUGAGGGGAGGAACGGGAGUUGAUAUUGUGUGGUUGGCGUGUAAAAACGAAUGAAGAAUUAGUAAUAGGAGUGGAUUAGGAAGUAGUAGAAGCGCAGUUUGUGUUUCUUAUUUCCUUACCUUUGAUUCAUUCAAUUAGUUUUGAGUUUAAGUUUAAGCUAACUAGGUACCGGAAUGGGAGGGAUCGUACAGUAGAGCAACUGAAUAGUGUGAUGGCAAUGAGAAAUGAAAUGGAAAGAAUACAACACAAACAGAUAAAAACACAACUACAACAAACAAAACAAAAAAAAAAACAA